AUUAAUCAGUCUUCCAGAAAUGCUGCGGAUAAUUGUGCUCUGCGCUCUGCUGGCCGUCGCCUGUGCUCAAGUCUCGAACCAUCAAAAUCGUCUCCCGUGCGGAUUCACAUGUACGCGGCAGCACAAUUCGGAGUGAACAUCGACAAUUCGUUUACGACAACGACCUGCACUGCAAACGGCGCUGAUCCAAAGGAUCGCUGCAAUGGAUGCUGCCAGGCUCGAGCUCUUGCUGGCGGUCUUACUCACUAUUGCUGCCUCCGGAUUUCCGUCAACGAAUGGACGCGAUUGCAUUUGCUGUACCAAUAA